AUGGCGCCAUAUGACUUCACACUAGAGGGGAGUCUUUGGGAUACCAGGGGCGACUACCUGGACUUCCCAAACCCCUCGUCGAUAAGACAGAGCUACAACAGAGCUCGCAAGAUAUGUCAGAAGAGCAGCAUGACCACGGACGAUAUUGUCGAUAUGACGGCUAAGUUUUGGGAUUUUAACCGUGAACUUGUUGCGAUGAGGGAUAUGGCCGUGACGAUCAUCCUUGUCAUCCAUUGGAACCUAUGCAUGGGUACCAUUGGCAAAUUCGCCCGACGAAACCGGCAGGACCUUCUAACGUUACUGGAAGGUCUCGAGAGAUUUGACAUAUGCGGCGAGUAUCUCUUAACCGAGCUGGGACAUGGGCUGGACGCCCGCAAUCUUGAGACAACAGCGACACUACAACCAGACGGAUCCUUCAUACUACACACCCCCAGCCUAGCAGCGGCUAAAGCCAUGCCACCAACGACACCGUGGGCCGGCGUAUCCCGUGUCGCCGUGGUAUUCGCAAGAAUCAUCGCGAACCAGACCGACUGCGGCGUGAAACCCUUCAUCGUCAAGCUAUGCGAGGCGGACCAGAUGUGCCCCGGCGUCACUUCCCGCCUGCUUCCCCGACGGAACGGGUCCAAGGAACUCGACCACGCCAUCACGACCUUCAACCACGUCCGGCUCAGUCCGAGCUCGCUCCUCGGCUCUCCGAAAGCGAGCUCCAACGAGCGCGCGAGUUUCCUCAGCAACAUCGACCGGGUCUCCGUGGGCACGUUGUCGCUGACGAUGUGGAACAUCCCCGCACUCAAGCAAUGCGCGUACAUAGCCGGCACGUACAGCUUCCGGCGACAUGUGAGCGGCAACAAGCCGGGGCAGACGGUUCCGAUCAUCAGCUUCGCGACGCAGUAUCGGCCGAUACUGAACGCGCUCGCCCAGGCGGCGGUGUUCAAUGCCUUCGCCGAUGACGCCAUCAGGUUAUUUUGCGAUAGUUCGCUAAGUCCUGAGGUUCGGCACAGCGUAGCCGCUUGCUUCAAGGCUACGGUCACGGUGGCAUCGCAAGUUACAAUCAAUGAGCUAGCCGACCGCUGUGGAUGGCAAGGGCUCUUCUCGUACAACAGGAUCAUCGAGCUGGCGAUGUCGAUGAGGGGCAACUCGAUUGCCGAGGGAGACUUCACCGUCCUUUGUAUACGAUUGGCAUCCGAGGUCCUGCUCGGCCGCUACGCACUCCCACCCGCGACGAUGAAGGACUGUCUGCUUGCGCGACACGAAGCCGGCGUCUGGCAAGAAGCGAAAGAGAUUAUCGCCUCCCUCCCGCAGAGCAACCACCGCGGUGCAGCAUUCAAUGCGUACAUACUACCGCGCUGCCGGUCUCUCGUCGAGGCGACAGGCCAUCGGAUGGCGUACGAAGCCGCGGUGCGCGAGAACAAAGUCGCGCCAGGCCUCGCGCGACUGUUUGAAUCGAGCUGUGUGAUGUCCGAUCUGAGCUGGUACUGCGAUCAGGGGGGCUUCAAGCGGAAAGAACUCAUUAAGCGCGACGUAGAGGCCGUGGAGGCAAUCAUGCCUGAGUUGCAGACACUGUUGAAGGAAACGGAGGCAGCUCCGUGGACGACUGCGCCUCUUGUGAAGGAGGGGACGUGGAAUGAGUUCGUGCACAAUUUACCGACAUUUCAGUUCAAUGAGGCGACUAUCGAGACCAGCGUCAUCAGAGUUCAGUACCGCGAUCGACACGCGGGGAGCAAAAGCGCCAAUACGGCUGUUUCGUUUCCCAUCGUUGAAGACUCUGAGAUCUACAUCUCGGGACCCUAA